AUGGCUGGGGAAAGGCGAAACAUGGCUGAAAUCGCCAUUGCUGUAUUAUCUGUGGCGUUGAUUACCUUUGGUACGCAUGGAUUUGACAUUAUGGCCAAAUUUAGAGAUCCUCUACGUGGGAAAAAUGUGAUUUUAAAGGAAGACAAGCUGGACUACUCGAGUAAGUUUUAACGUAGCGAUGAAUUUUUAUAGUAAAAAAUUAAACAGUUUACUCAAGCUUAAACUUAUUUUCAGUGUUUUAAAACAAAAUGGAUGAAACGUUUUACAGUACCGUAGAUUAUAUGACAGUCUUUUAUUCCCUUCGAAGUAAAGACGGAAAAAUGAAUUAAGCUUAAACUUACAUGAAAGUUUAUAGAAGAAAGUAUAAAGCUUAAUUUGCCUUUUUUCUUAAUUAAUUUGGACAGGCAUUAAGCUUAUACUCUUGCUCAAGUUUUGGUUUGAAUCUUAAGAAUAAGCCAAGUUGUAAGGCUAUAUGAGAAAGUCACCUACAUAAAAAACGUAUAAGGUCAAAUGGCGUCGUUGGGCUUUAUUAAUUAAGCCUUUUCUAAGAUGAGUUACAGUACCAUGAACGACUAUCGCCACGCCAUUUUAGCGUAAGAACUUAUGCUUAUAUAAGCUUAAUCUUUUUUUUUGCAAAUCUUUUUCGCAACUGAGAUAACUUCAAUGUUUUAUUCUUCUAUCAAACUUGAUGAUGUCUGUAUUUUUCUGGUCUUUGCCAGUAAAAUUCCCAUAGUAUUGAAAUCUGAUCAUUACUGCUUAUUUGGAUGUUGUUUGAUAGUCAUUGUCACACAGGUUUAAUAUUUGCUCUGAUCAAAAUUUUGUGGCCUUGUGAUAGAGUGCCUUCAAGGAAUAGUUGGUAUAUAUGUCAAGAAUGCAAUACCUUUUAGUGCCAUGACAGCAUCAACCUUCCUGGCUGGCAACGAACCUUACUGGGCUCGUUUGAAAGCAAUCAAAUGGUGGAUACCUUCUGUUCAUGAUAAAUUUCAGUACUUAAAGGUAGAUCUUGGAAGCUUAACUGUAGUUCGGAAGUCUGCCAUCCAAGGCUCUGGUGACACCACAACGAUGGGAGCCAGGGUGACUUCAUACUUCCUUUACUAUAGUAAAGAUGACACCAUUUGGUAUCCAGUACUUGAAAAAGAAAACCCACGGGUAUGAUAGCUUGCAAUUUGCUUUUUGUUAGUAAUAUAAGUAGCUUUCACUGCUGUGACCUUGAGGUAAUCACUUCAAGAUGUAAGAUAGGAUGCCAUUGGUUAUUUAGGCUCCAAAGACUGAAAAAAAAUAUUGUUCCUGCAUAAUGGAGAAUGUGAGUUAUUUUUUAAGUUAGUUGUUAGCCUGCGUGGCAGGCAUUUGAAAUGGAAGGGAAAGGGAGUUUUAAGGCUAGUUAUUUGUUGGCCAUCAACAAAGAGAACUUCAGAAAACAGAGACCUUGUGUAAGCAGUUCAUUUAUAAUUUUGCUGUUGGAUGUACUAACCUUACAUUUAGGGGUAAUAUGAGGCAAUGACUGCUAUACCAACAAGAAAGCUCUCUUUUAAUUAUAACUAUAUUGACAAUAAGAGUUAGGUAACAGUGAGGACAAUAAAUUGUGUUGUAGCUUCUAUAUUAGUGAAGUUCAAGGUUGUUUGACAGCUGUCUUUCAGUCAUACUAAAAAGGGAUUUUGUAUUAUGAAAUCUUGUCAAGUUUUGAAACAUAGGUAGUUGUGUCAAUAAGAUAUUGCUUGAUAGAAUCUUAUAUUUGGUUCUAAACAAAGCAAAUUUAUUGCUUAAUUUUCCUAUUUGAAACACCCAAACUGUCUGGACCUGUCUGAUUACCAGAAGCUUGUAAUCUGACAGCUCAACGGCCUAUGAAAAUCAAGUAGAAAAUGUUAUUAGCCAAUGAAAUUUAACUACAUAGCCCAUAAUCAAUCAAUACCAACAAAAACAUAAUGAGUGAGAAGGGUGCAUUGGAAAGAAAAAUGGAUGAAAUCAACCAGUCAUGCAAACAACCUUUAUUCAGAUAUUUGUUAUUGCCAUAUUUAAUUUUAAAAGAAAGUUUAAGAAAGUUCACGCAGUCAGACCUCCACAUUCUGAUUUCCCCAAAAGUUAAUUUUGCAAGAACUUUGUACUUACAUUAAUGAUCAUAUUCAAAUAGUUAGAUUCCUGCAUUAUUGUUAUUGACAUAAUAAUAAUAAUAAUAAUAAUAAUAAUAAUAAUAAUAGUGAUCCCUGUGGUUGUUGGUGUGCUUGGUACAGUGAAGAAGGAUAUGGUAGAAAACAUCAAGAAAGUAUCAGAGAGAGCUACUAUGACAGAGAUUCAAAAGAUCUGCAUGCUGGGAUCUGCACGAAUCCUCAGAAAGGUGCUCAGUGUAUGAACAGAAUGAUUGACUUGAGUGACUGACGCUCUAGGUGUAUGGUUUGUGCCCGGCUGAUGCACAAAAAGAACACCAGCAAAGACUGUCAUAAAAGAGAUAAUAAUAAUAAUAAUAAUAAUAAUAUAUAAUAAAAAUACUAAUUGUUAGGUAGGACUUGUGUUUUACAAGUAUUCAGGGGUAAUAGGGGAAGUCAUUUGAUGGUGAUUUGAAAUUACUGAUAACCAAUAAUAAUCCCUUUAGUGACAAAGAAUUUUUUUUUAUUUUUUUUACUGACAAUGAUACACAGCCACUGAGAAGCAAGACUUCACAUAAUGUCCUGAGACACAUUAACCUGUCAUAAUUUAGGGACUGGGUUCAGUAUUGUUUAUUGGGGGUGGGUGGGGGGAGGGGUGGGUGAUAUUGGGAGUUGCCACAAAAGAGACCACCAAAAAAGACCGAAGUCUCGGAUUUAACAUUUUUACAAUAUAUAUACCUGAAGAUGAAGUUUAAGAUAUUGUUAUCAUUUAUAUCACUUUUAGAUGUUCGUUGGGAAUUUAAACAACAGUGAAGUGAUCUCAAAGAGUUCUUUUGCACCAUUCCUGACACGUUACGUAAAGUUUUGUCCACAUAGCUGGAUCAAGCGAAUUGCUCUGAGAGUUGAACUUUAUGGUUGCAGAGCUAAAGGUAAAUAUACAAUAAUUUUACCGAAAGGUUGUGAAUAUAGGCGUUUUUGUUUUGCUCAUCUUUUGGGCCGCUCCUGUGAAAUUUGUUUCAAAAUAUGUCUUUCUAAUUUAAAACGCAAAUUUAAGCAUGUACGCUACCGAUCAUCAGAUGUAUGGAUCAUGACCUAUACUAGUUGCACAAAGCAUCAUGCCUCAAGGAGAGCAAGCUCUGUCCUGGUACGAGAACUUCCUAUCGGCCAACCCAGAAACGUUUAAGCUACUAAUCGUCAACCCAAUUCAGGAAUGUAGACACAGAAAAUGAUGACGAAGAUAUAUCUGUGGAAUAUGCCUGAAGCCAAGAAUUUCAGAUAUUAUAGAAUAUCGAUAAUUAACAACCUGGGUGAGUCUCACGUCUGUGCAGUUUUCCGCUGCUGAGUUGUUCUUCAACAUGUGUAACAGAAAUUUGGGGACGCCAUAUUUGUGCUCCUCCGGCCGGAAAUAAGACAAACAUCUGGUUUUAGUAUCGCCACAAAUUUGAUCACUGCGAACGAGCAAAUUAUUCCCCCAAACACAUUUUCUAAUACUUUCACCAUUCAAAGGGAAUAAUAUCAUGGGAUAAAAUUAUUUUUUACCAUAUGUGCCGGCCUUGUCGGUCACCAUGUUAACGUCACGCGGAGUUAAAACUUGGGAAAUUAGGAAGAGAAAAAUGGAAAACGCUAUCACGUUGAAAACUUGCACAGAAUUUUAUUUUUAGAUAUCUUUUGCCGCUAAGAGCAGUAUACAACAACAGCUCAGCAUCUUAUCAAGAGCUACUUGACCGCGCCCGGCUACCGACUAUAUAAUAGACGUUUACAGGACGUAGCCUCUGUGAUGUAUAAAGUAAAGCAUGGAGCGCUUACCAUUUGUAUGGAAAACCCGGAAAUUCCGGGGAGAAUUCAACUGGAACGGUUCAUCCCGGUGGAAAUUUUCCGGAAAAAACGGUAUACCUUUCAAGAUAUUACCUUUUUCCCGUUUUUACCAAAACGACCGAAAUUUUCUGUACAUACCAUUUGCUUGGAUUACUGGUGCCAGGCUUCAUGUCCAGAGAAAGUGAAAACUUUAGCGGCAUUUGUUAAACGGUACAACUCAAUCUCGUUCCUGUUUUCGGUGCUAAAAAAAUAACAGUACCAUUUGACGAAAUUCCACCGAAAUUCCCGUGUAAAUGGUAAGCGCUUAUGGUCUCGCUCCUAUUUACAUCUCUAAAUUAUUCAGUGCAAAGAACGCGCAGUGUGACUUAAGGAACAUGACUUAGAGUGACCGGCAGUGGUUUUUAAACUAAGGUGGAAACAUUUCGAAUGAAGGUAAAAACUUAAUGUAAAAACUGAGGAAAAGGCUUAGCAAAUUAGAGGUAUUACACUUGUAUUAUUCACUUCAAUUUCUUGGGUUUUGACAUUUUAAUGCUUGUCAGGUUUGGACGAUCCGUUAGGUAUGGAAGUGAAAACAAUUCCAGAUAGUGCCAUCAGUGCAACAUCCAUGGAGAGUCCAGCCUACCAUCCCAGUAAUGCACGGCUACACCUGAACAUUGGUGGUGGUGGUUGGUGUGCAGAUAGCAGUUUGGCAGAGCAGCCACAGUAUUUGCAAGUAGACUAUGAGAGCAAUUUUCUUUUGACAGCCGUUGCCACACAAGGAAUCAAGAGUGAUGCAAGCUGUGUAACCCAGUACUAUUUGUCUACAACUAUUGACCACAAUAUCUGGAUAUAUGUUCAUGAUUUUACAGGUAAAAAGGUGAGAGUUGAUUUUCGUUGUUGCUGUCAUAUUUCCAGCUUGUGAACACUGGUUGUGGUUGCCUGAGCCUGAAUUUACUGCCUAGGGACUGCUUCCCUGUACUGACUUAAGUGGGCCCUUGAAGGUCACAAUCCACACACUAAGCGACAAAGACCAGCUAUUAGUCUCUUUAACAUACUCUGAAAGACCCUGUUAACAAAUUAAAUUAUGGUAGAUUUUUAUGCGCCUAUUCUGUUCCCUCAGACUGAAUUCUACUUGAGCUGGCUCCUAAUUGUUUUGAAAGGGUGAUUAACGAGAUCUCCUGGAUAAAUCACUUAAUUAAGCUGGUCCGUAGCGGCCGCCUUUACUGCGAGAGCAGCAGAAACAGCCACAAGUCUAAUGGCCCUGUUUACAAGGAGGCAGGGUAACCCUAGCACUCGCACAUUUCUUCUUUUUUUACACAACGUGUUUACCAGGCAGGUAGGGUUACCCAAUUUUGGGUUACCCUAGCGCUAGGGUAACCCUACCUGAUUGCUAGGCCGGUUACCCUAGUAAGAGCCCUACCUGGCUUGUAAACACUCUGCUAGGGAUAACUCGAUGGCCUUUCCGGGACAACUUUCCUCAGUCAUGCGUGACCAGUAAAUCUUGACAAUUUGAACGGAAUCAUCCAAUUUCGUGGCUAAAUUAUAAACAUCUGAUCAACAAUAUAAGGGUAUUUUCUGCAUAUGACAUUUCACUUUUUUUUCGUGAAUUUAACCUGCUUUCAUAGAGAACUUCAAAGGCCUGUUUCCAUGGAGGUGGGGGCCUCACGAAGAUGAGUUAACACGCCCGUCAAUAUAAUCUUUCAUUUUAAUUUGAUCAUGUUUACACGAUAGGUGGGGUGACCCGCUACAUGUUACCUCGCCUGUCUGGGGUCCCCCACCUCCAUGUAAACAGGCCCCAAGUUUUAUUUCAAAUCUUGGACGUUACAAAGAAUGUCACGCGUGACGAAACGCGUCAGUAAAGCUGGUAGAGUUGACCCGGAUGAUAGGGUAACCCUACCUGCGAAAUUUGCUUGUAAACCAGAGCUAUAGGCCCAAGGAUUCCUUGGUGAGGGCAAGGAUUCCUCUAGUGCUUCAUCUACAUAAGCUCCUUGAAUGUCCCUUGUGUUUUUUGAGAUGGCUGCCGUUCAAUGAAACGAAUGCAUCAUAGGUUUGAACCGUAUUCAUAUUUUCUAAUCAAUAACUUGCGAGAAAACAUAGAAAUAAAUACACCAGACAACGUUUCAUCAACUUUAUUGGGUGAUUUUGCCUUUGAAAUACCUUGCUUUGUAGUCAACGUUAGCUUCCGUUCGGUUUAAUCUUUAGUAUUAGAGACAGGCGGCAACAAUGUUCCAGUGAAUUAAGCCAGGCAGUCCGCCUAGCCUUAAAUACCUAGGGAGAACACUGACUUGCUUGGGUAACCCUUGCUCAAAGGUAACCCUCUCUCCUUGUAAACAUGCCCUAGCAAAGUCUGCAGGCUGGUCCAUGUAUUAAUCGCAAGGUUGUUGAAAAACUUAACAAACACGAACUACAGGUUAUGUUUACUUCGAUGAAACCUAUUACCAUGCCGACCGUCAAAGACUGUUAGGUUCCUCCACACAACACGAGCGCGUUUUAGCGAAAGUUUUUCAUUCAACAAAAAUAAUUCCGGUCUGAAAUUUCGGAAAAUUCCACUUGCCCAGUGAAACGGUACAUUUCGGUUGCACUGACCCUGCCCAAGCCACUACGCGUUUGGUUGUUGUUCUUUUAAGCAGCAUACAAAAGAGCGGUACUGGGGACAAUGGAAAGCCCAACAGACCGAAAUGACCAGACCGCUCAAAGUGGAUCACCGGUCGGACCAAACCGAAAUGGUCCGUUCCAUUUGAUGUAUCAACCGAAAUGUUUUCGGAUAUUUGGGUUGAAUGGAAAGCGCCCCUGGUCUCCCGUUCAGUCUCCACGUGUGAAAAUAAAUAUUUCGUAUCUAAAAGAUCAAGUGAUGCGUCACUAAACUAAAGCUGAUCAGAAGGCGUUACAUGCUCCGUCCGUUGCUAAAUGCGCCUGUGUUAAUAUCAGAGCCAUCUUAAGCAUGUGAUAAAAUCAUUAAAAAUGGAUCAGGCAGUGACUUAUUUCCAAAAAAUCGAAUGAAUUAAAAACUUAAACAAUGAUAAUCAAAUAAAAAAUAUUUACUUAAUAAAUACCACAGGUCUUCAAAGGCUGCAACCCAGACGCACCUUGGGUCGAGGUGUUAAAUCAUUUACCAUUUGCCUCUGCUAUACGCACUAGAGGAGUUCGCCUUCAUGUUGACACAUGGUAUCACAGGAGUUGCCUGAGGGUUGAAUUUUAUGGAUUUCACUCAUUGAGUAAGUUUACGAUACAGUAACUUAUGGAGACGUAAUAACCUUGUACGGUUUUCUCACUUACGGCCCUCCUUAAAAUGCAAAACCAAACAUAGAACUGUUUUUGCUUUGUUCAAUCAAGAGAGUUCAGAGGAUAAAUAGCCCCGUUAAACUAAAUAGAGAUUCCUCUAAAUUUAGUGUACAUGGCCAUACUUUGUGUGGAGCUUGCUUCUCGUGUUUAGGCUAAUUGAUAGAUUUGGAGACUUGUUUGCUCAGCAGUAAAUGUAAAUGAACCAAACAAGAGCAAAAAUGUGACCUGUCUUAUAAUUAUUAGUAAAAUCCAACUAGUGGUCUAUUAUCAAUGCUGCAUUGUGAUUGGUUGAGCUACUACUAGGCUAUAUGUUAUAGCCCACUAGUAGCGAAAAGCGCCGGCUUUUUGGAGGCAAAAAAGAAUUAAAAGUCCAGCCUUAACUAGCUAAAGUUGUUUUGUCUCGAUAUUUUUGACCAACUAGUUGGAUUUUACUAAUUAACAAUUGCUCCUGGAGUCCGAAUGGCCUCUGAGUCAAUAGCCCAUUCGGCCUUCGGCCUCAUGGGCUAUCGACUCAGAGCCCAUUCGGGCUCGAGGAAUAAUUGUUAAAUAGCCCACAUUCGAUAUAUCAACAUUCUAACAUGACUCCGGGGCGACAAAAUUAAAAAUGUUUCACAAGUCCAUUGUCACGUAAUUCCCAGAAGAAACUUGAGCACAAAGAAAACAAACCAAAUAUAGAAAUAUGACCAGAAAGCCUCGGAGCGAUGUUAGAAUUUUGAUAUAUCGAACGUAGGCCUGAUUGCGGGCGAAUAAAUGCAAGCCUGCAGACGUAUUCAUACUGGGGGUGGUCAGCGGCACGUUCUUAAAAAGUAGAGCGGGGUUUAAACAAAAUCUGGCCACAUUCUUGGUUGGGUCAUUCUGGGAGUGCCAGGUCGGGAGAAAAGGCGCGACGAAAGUUAGCCUACGUAGCCGGCGGGAUCGUUCGCGCAAGGAAAUUUUUGGAAGAGUAGACGCUUUUUCUCGCGCCUUCGCAGCCAAAACUUUCACACACGCAAAAACAAUUCCGCCAGCUACCCAGGCUAGACGAAAGUUUUCAAGCACAGACGGAAGAGCGGUACCAGUUCUCACUAGACCAUUUCUCUGGUAUCUUUAAAGGUUGGUGACAAAGAACUGAUUGACGAUGAGAGUAUUGCUAGUAGUUUUAAUUCCUAUUUUUCAUCUGUUUUUACCUCCGAGGACUUCACCAACUUGCCUUCUUUAGAGCCUUUAGUUUGUGAGAAACUUAAUUAUAUUUCCUGUACUACUGAGGAAAUUUUAAAGCAUCUUAAGUCUCUUAAAACGAACAAGUCCCCGGGUCCAGACAGAAUUUCACCAGUAAUUUUAAAAUCAUGUGCGUUCGAAUUGGCGCCCUCGAUCUCAUUUCUGGUUAACAAAUCUUUCCUGCUGGGCCAUUUGCCCGAAGAUUGGAGAUCAGCUGACAUUCUUCAUAAGAAAGGUUCUAAACACUUGAGGGAGAAUUAUCGACCAAUUUCGCUUACAUCCAUGAUAUGCAAAAUCAGCGAAAAAAUCGUACGCGAUAGGUUAACGUCAUUUUGGCAAGACCAUAACAUGAUAAACAAAAACCAAUUUGGUUUUUUGCAGGGUAGGUCUACUGUGACCCAAUUACUCUCUACUUUUCAUGACUUCGCCAAAUCUAGGAAUUCAUCGGUAGCAACAGAUGUUGUAUUUCUUGAUCUCGCAAAGGCUUUUGAUAGUGUUCCUCAUGAGCGUCUACUCAUAAAGUUAUAUAGCCUCGGUAUUGAGAGCAAACUUCUUAACUGGUUGAGGCAUUUCCUCACGUGUAGAAAGCAACGAGUUGUUGUAAGAGGGACUUUUUCUGAUUGGGCACCUGUGAUAUCUGGUACCCCACAGGGAACUAUUCUUGGUCCAAUUUUAUUCCUAUCAUAUAUAAAUGAUAUCGUUGAUAGUGUCUCUUCAAAAAUUAAAUUAUUUGCGGAUGACACUAAGAUUUACAGAGAGCUUCGCAACCCUAGUCUCGAUGAACAAUACCUUCAAACUGAUUUGAAUAAUCUUGGUAAAUGGGCAAAAAAUGGCAACUUCGUUUCAAUGAGGAAAAGUGUGAAGCAAUGCGAAUAACGCAUUCUCGUGACAAAUCGACUACGAAUUAUAAACUAGGUACGGCCUUAAAAGAUGUCAAGAGCUUUAAAGAUCUUGGAAUUAUUAUAUCAAAAGAUCUUACUUGGAGUGAACAUAUUAGUACCAUGGUGAAUAAGGCGAACCAAGUCCUAGGGCUAAUAAGACGGUCUGUUGGAACAGCUAAUACAACAACUUUUUCAUUGCUUUACAAAACAUUGGUCAGACCACUUCUAGAGUAUGCUGCUCCAGUCUGGAACCCAUAUCUUGUCAAAGAUAUUCAUGCAAUAGAGAGCGUGCAAAGACGCGCGUCAAGAUUAGCUCUUAGGCAAAAAAAGAGGUGAUAUGUCUUAUGAAGAGCGUUGUGACUCGUUACAUUGGCCAUCUUUGUCCAGUCGUAGGACAUAUUCCUCUCUUGUUGAAUUUUAUAAGAUCGUGUUUGGCUUAUCACACUUGGAUUUUGAGGAAUUCUUUCAAUUCGCAAAAGUCAAAUCCACUAGGGCAAAUCACUCGUAUAAGCUUUUAUUGUAAAUUAUCUAGAAUCAACUGUUUUAAAUAUUUUUUUUUUUUAACAAUGUAAUUAGUUACUGGAACAAUUUACCUAGUAAUGUUGUUGAAGCCGGUUCCCUUGAACUUUUUAAAUGUAAACUCAAAUCCUUUUUAAAGUUGUAAUUUUUAUUGUAAUUUUUAUUGUAAUUUUUAUUGUUUGUUGUUUUUAGGAGAGUUUUAUUCAUAGGGUUAACCUCUAGACUCUCCCUUUCAAAUUCAUGUGGUCAUUAUGAGUUUGAAUAAACAUGUAUGUUAUGUUAUGUUAUGUUAUGUUAAAAGGUCAAGCGAAUGCUGGCUUCUGAUUGGGCACAAAACAUUCUUUGUAUUUCUGUGCCAAUUCGGCGAACAGUAUUUCUUGAUUUUUUUGUGUGUUCGUAGACGACGGCCAUUGUCUAGCCAUACUUGUCUGGUUCGUUCACCAAGGUUGCGCGUGCAGGGGAAAUUUUCUCCUUUCUUAACUAGAAAUGAAGGAACUACCGAUGACUCGGCAAAACGUUUUGGUUGGUAUCGGGAGGACCAUUCCAAUUUCACCGAGAAAAUUCUGUUUCUGAUCAAUCGCAAGGAAUGCGUAAUCGAAACAAGUUUGAAUACGUGUGUAAGCUCAAGCUUGUAUUUUUCGAAAAGCGUCUUUAAAAUACCCUUGCUUGCGUUUCCAUGUUUUAGUUUUCGGGUAGAGAGUAUUUUGAAAUGGACCGGGUUUAUAUCAAACUGAAAGUUUCCUGACUGCACGUCUUUUCUUCCGACCCAACUGACUGCCCCAGAUCUCUAAGGAUGAGUGGGGGCGGGACGAAGGGGCGGCUGACGUUUCAGACACCUCUUAGGCCCUGAUGUUGAGUUUAAGGGGCAUCUAAUAUCUCCGCGGUAAUCACGUGAAUGUAACUUUCCGAAGCAUUUGGAACAACGUUUGUUUAACUCGUAUCCACACAUAGGAGUUUUUCAUAUGGUCCGUUCUCGAGUGCUUAAUAUAGAAAUUGCCAGCGGCAGAAAAUCGUGUUUUAUGAUGAUGUACAGCGCUCUUUCUUAGAAACAUGGGGACCAACCUGAGAAGUUUGGUAUCAAUUGUUUAGAUAAGAAGAAAACCAGUUAUUAAGGACUCCGCGGAUUCCGUAAUGUUCAAGUUUCGGCAAUAAGACUAACGAACUGUAACGACUUGGUAGUUUCGGGAUCUGGUCCAGGUUGACUUUGGCCGCCAUGUUUGCUUGCUUCAGCCUCGUGUGAUCUUAAAGACUCUUGAAGUCGGCUGAAUUCGUUACUCAAAGUUUGACGUUCUUUCAUCAUUGAAUAAUUCUGAUGUUGCAGUGCUUUAACUUCUGAGUUGUUCGCUUUUCCAGACAUAAUUAUAAGAUAAUUUCAACCAAACUCUACUCGCUCAGAGCGCACGUAUCAGUCAGGAUAAAAAGGAACUGCACCAAGCCUUUGUCAAAGAGAUUCAGCUAGUUUUGUGCUUGUAAAGUUUGUGCUAAAGCGCGAUAGUAAUAAAUCGAAGUGAACGAGAAGUCAGGACUUCCUGCCCCCCCCGCAAAGUUCCUUUUAAACUUGCCUUCUGAAAGCUUCAAUAACGAUUAAACUAAGCUUUUUCGUGAAACUAGACUAUGUAACGUACCGCGAAGACGACAAUUUGUGCGGAUGGCAUGGAAAGGUGUUGGGAUCGAUGUCUUCGCCUCAUAUUACAACAUGCUGGUGCUAUGAUGGUUAUGUAGGAGAUGGCUUUCAUUGUGCAGGUAUGGCUAUGAGUAGCCUGCGUAGCUUGCAGUCUUUUUCGUGUGUUUUUUCUUUUGUAAUUCCUGAAGUAAAAGAUACAGCAGCGCGAAAGCUGAGCCGAUGUGAAACCAGAAAACGGUGGGGGGGGGUCGAGGCGAGAAGACACUAAGAAAAUCCGCCUGCAUUCAACCCCUCCUCUCACAAGACUGGAAGGGGCGUUUUAGGCUUUUGUACAUUAUGCCAGCAUGUUUUUGAGCAAUUUAGUGAGGCGAAACCAUUAAGCAUUAUUCGAGCAUUUAAGUGGUAUUUUUCCGGAAAAAUAGGUAUUUUUUCUCACAGAAAAUAUAACAAUGAAACAAUUUUGAAGGGAAAUGACUACUAAAACUCUACUUAUGAGUGCUGAUAGUCAGUGAAUAAUUAUCCUCGAAUAACAGCCGUCCCUUGAUUAAUCGUCCCCCCCCCGCCCCUCUCGCGUGCAAUGUGAUCCAGAAAAACUGAUCAUUGACUAUUCAAGCUCCGAAAAUUAAUCAAGGUACUAAAUUUGGAAAAAAAGGUUUUGAAAGCCCAUGUUCAGUUUAUUUAAUGUGAUUAUUUUUUUGUUUAAUGGGAAAAUAAAACAAAAUAUGUAGGGCACGACUUCCAGCAAGUAAUAUUUGAAAUAAUCGCCUUCCCUCGAAUAAUCGUCCUCUUUUUGUGCGAAAAAAAGAAAUGAUCACCCCCGGCUAUUAUUCGAGGAAAUACGGCAUGUUGUCUCAAAGCUGCCUCCAUGUCCUCCUGCUGAGCUUUUACACUCGAGGUCCCCCACACCGGCCUUCAAAAUUCUUCAAGCUCGUCCUGUAUCGUUUUUGUUGUUUUUCGUCUAAGCACUUCGUCUUUCUUCUUGAACUUGGGUUUUCUUGUUACGCCCGAGUCUUUCACUCUGUCAGCAAGAUGUUUGUAAAAAGAGCCUUCAGUCAUUUUUUCAAACUUUUCUUCCAAUUCCAUAGAUGUAGAUGAAUGUAGCGUUGGCGACAAUGUUUGUGGAUCGCCGGACCAACUGUGCAAAAAUAACUAUGGAUCAUUCGUCUGUGAGUGUCAACCAGGAACAACUCGAAAUGGGAACGAAUGUAAAGGUACUCAUGAACUAAAGAUAACUAAUAUGCACCCAAGUAAUGAAUGUCAUCGAAACCUGAGGGGUGGUAAGUGUUUACAGUCUGAGGUUUUUUAAUCAACUAGCGGUGUAAAAGAUCCAAUGUCAGAAAUAGUUAACAGAAGCUUUGAGUAAUGAUAGAAACUACCCCCACUCCAUACAGCGUCAUUAAUGCAUAAUAUUUAUGUUAUUUCAGAUAUUGAUGAAUGUGCCAAACCAAGAGAUGUAUGCCCAUACUUAACAGAGUGCAUUAACACAGUGGGUUCAUAUAUCUGUGACUGUAAAGAGGCAGGCUUCAAAGCAGAUGGAAAACAAUGUUUAGGUAAACCUAGUAUUGGCAAAAUGUUAAAGCAACAACAUAUAUUACACGUGGUGAUAGGGCCAGACUCUCUUUACGAACAUUGUUUUGGUUCUUUAAACGGGCCGACAGAUUUUUUUAUAAGAGCAAUGGUUGCGAGACGUCCUUAUCCGAGAAGACAAGAAAGUAUGAUUCGACGCCACCGUUUCCCAUAAGGGGUUCGAUAAAUCGGGAUUUCAUUGUAUAUGUGCAGACUACGUCACCGCUGUCACCAACAGCGGGAGAAACAGGUGUCUCCCACUUUUAUACUGCCUUGUUGUAUAUAUGUGCGUCUUAUUUGUCAAGAAGACCUAAUGCAGUAGGUGUAUUUUUUUUUCUUUUCUCACCAUUUAGACAUUGAUGAAUGCACGAUCGGCAGCCAUAAUUGUGGGGAGAACUCCACCUGUGUAAAUGCUUUUGGUUCAUAUGCUUGUUUCUGUAAUGUGGGAUUCACAGAAUCGUAUUCACUGGAAGGGAAACUACAAUGUGUAGGUGUGUCACUUAUGCCUUUUUGUAUGUGACGUUCAUAAAAUGUUGUAUCGAGGGCUGUCUCAUAUAGACUUGCCCGCAAAGCUAGAGAAGUCUGUCUCUAAUGGGGAGACAUUUUAUUAGGUGCUAGCUGGUGCAUUCGGUCCUUCAUAUCUGAAAAUUUACAACUUGUGCUACCCAGAUUUUCUUUCUCCUUUAGAUAAAAUUUUUUGGGUACUCCUAACGAGUAAAAGCCACAAAUUAAAAAAGGGGUUCACCGUUCUGGUUUCAUCGCAAAAUGACAACAGAGAGAAAAUUUCGGCUUCAAAUGAUCAUUUUGCGCGAAGGGACUUGGGCGAGUUUCAAGACAAACAGUAGAGUUAUCAAAACUGCUAUUAAAAGCAUUAGGACUACAAAAGGAGCUUUUGUUACCUAUUUUUAGGCGAUCGGUGAACAUCACCGCCACCUUUAAAGUCGCAAUGUUUGCGCAGUAGUUGAUGCGCAUUGCAAAACGAGGGAAUUUUCUUAAUUUCUAUGAAGGAGAUGUACUUCUUGACCACCAAAAAAGUAAAUAAACUUAGGUUUGGUCCUUAAACUUACAGUAUUCAUACGCAACUGCACAUUUCAUACCUCCUUUAUACAAAGUCCUUGAAGACAAUUACAUUCAAAGUCAAACUUCUUAAUUUAAAAAUUAUCAUAAUUUUACUGUAACGAGGGAAUUUUCUUUAUUUCUAUGAAGGAGAUAUACUUCUUGACCUCCCAAAAAAGUACAUAAACUUACGUUUGGUCCGUAAACUUACAGUAUUCAUACGCAACUGCACAUAUCAUACCUCCUUUAUAUAAAGUCCAUGAAGUACAAUUACAGUCAAAGUAAAACUUCUUCGUUUAAAAAUUAUCAUAAUUUUACUGUAACCCACAUAUAAAAGCCCUCUUGAACUUGUUUGGCUUAUGUUGCCAGCAAUUUUUAUACCACAAGGUUGUUACACGCGGGUUUCUACUGUUAUAUAAGUGCAGUAUCGCUUAUAAUUUCAUUAACUGGCAGAGAAACAAAGCGUUAAACCAAGGAUCAACGACAAAAUCUACCUAACGAUGAGAGCGGGACUUCGAACCUUGAUUUCAUUGCAAAUCAGAUCCACCGACUACUCGGCCAAGCUGCCGCCUACUACCGUUCAAGUUGUUUGAUUCUUUUCUUUUAUCACCUUUUCAUCAUUCAUAAUUUUACUACAACUGCUUGAAGCUACAAACUACUAGCCAUAACGUACUACUGACCUAACUGCCACGGAAAGAAGCUGAAACUACACUCCAGUCACGCUUAAAUCCUGUUUUACCACCCACUACCCGCUAGAAAUACGUUGUUCAUGUUAGCGUAAUAAAUGUUCCUUCUUCACAAGAUCUGUACAUUCAAGUGGAAUUUAUCAGACCAAAAAUGCUCUGCUUUUGAUAGUCCUCCUAAAUAACCUUUACCCUGCUUAACUUUAUGAUUUUACGCGUUGUCUUGUAGACAUUGAUGAAUGCAAGGUAAAACCUAAACAGUGUGGCAGUAAUGGUAUUUGUGUGAACACUGCAGGAUCGUACUUUUGUCUCUGUAAACACGGAUAUGCAGCUAAAGGCUCAAAGUGUCAAGGUAGUACUUGAAAAAUGUUUUCAUACAUCACCUAAAGGGCCAAGUUAAAUCCUAGAUACACUACGACUGCCAUAAGAGAAGAUACGCUAGUUAGGUCAUUAUUUAAAUUUUUUGGCCUCUUCCACCUAGACUAACUAAGUGUUUCACACGAGACAAUGUUUUGACUGAAGAGGUAUAACCUACUUCCUAUAGUUAGACGCCCUUCUAAUAACGCCUUAGUUCAGAAGUAUGGAAAAAUCAGAAGGAGGCUAAAUUGAGGUUACACGGUAUUACACUAAUUUUUCAACAAACGUCUUCCCUGUAGUUUUCCCCCUUUCAAUUUUAAAACAAGUGUAAGAGGAGUGCAGUCAUUUAACGGCGGGUGUUGCACUUUUAGACUUAAACCAGUUGCGUCACGGCCGUCUAGGAUGUUUUGUUAACAUUGCCAAUGCUACGUGUCCUUAUUUGUUAUGGAACUUAACGUCAGAGACAACGUUACUCGUAAAUGAUAAAAUCUCAGCUUCGUGCAACAAAUGUGUCUCCCAAGCAUUUCAAACAACAAAAAUGAUCUUUGAACAACCAAUAGGCUAACUGCAAUUGCCGUCCGUUUAAAACUUGUCCAUCCUUGCCUCUUUUUGUAUUUGCGGUAUCAUUGAUGACGUCUUUUGAUGUACAAAACGGUUAACUUUUAUGUUUUACUAAAUUUGCUGGCAGCUGUUCCCACUUCUUGUAUUUUGAUGAAUUUGGUGACACAGCUCCUUUAAUGGCAGGUCACUUACUAAGGAUUCCUUUCAAAUCCAAUGGUUGAUCAAAAAAUAGAUGUAUAACCAAAAGAAAAAUUUGUGAGAACUGAGGUUCUGUAACUUUCCGAGCACAUAAGGAUGGACAGUUAAUUCAUUGAAUUGUUUUUUUUUGUUCUGUUCUGUUUGUUUUUGUUGGUUUUAAUUUCCAGACUUGGACGAAUGUGCUACAGAUUCUGAAGCGUGUGAACAGGAUUCGCUGUGUGUUAACCUGCCUGGUUCAUAUGCUUGUCAGUGUAAACUGGGUUAUCACCUCACCGAUAACUCAUGUCACGGUAACUACUUAAAUCCUAAAAGCGUGUGAACAGGAUUCGCUAUGUGUUACCCUGCCUGGUUCAUAUGCUUGUCAGUGUAAACUGGGAUAUCACCUCACGGAUAAUUCGUGUCAUGGUAACUACUAACAUAUUCUUCUCAGACACUGUGUAAGGUCAAACUGCAGUUGGUACUUACCAUGUACGCCAAGAAAUACAGUCAAACCUUAACGUAUUAAAGAAUACCUAUUCCAAACACGAAACUCGAUUUUUCUUGUAAAAAUUAUUGUAACUGUAACUUAUCGUAAGCGACCUUCUCAGAUGUUAUGGUUGCAUGAAAUUCCCUGUUUUGGGUAUUUUGUAUGUCUUUUAUUUUAUAUUAACUUCCAUUAUUCAUUUAGUAGUAGCCAGCUCCAUUAUUUUAGCGGAAGUGCUAUUUUAGAAAUUCGAGGCAAAGAAGGUUGUUUGUUCUUGCGAGAAACUAGCAAUUCAUUGCAUUUUGCGUGAUUUACGGGGGGAUUAACGUGAAACUAACAUAAACUUAGUAGAAACAGCCGUUUCUGAAACCAUGCCAAGUCUGAUGCUUAUAUAGUUAUCGAUGAUACCGUAAAAACUGAAAGUCCUGAACUGUGCAAUUGUAAUUGUACAUAACAUUCACAUUCACGUGGGAUCACCCCUGCACUGUCAACUUCCACUAUUGAACCAGAAAGCUUUGGUUUUCUGUUUAUUCAACAGAUGUAAACGAGUGUCAGCAGAAUUUCGCUGAGUGUCAUCACUGGGCUGACUGCUACAACACUGAUGGCUCUUAUCUCUGUGUUUGUAAGAAGGGAUUUUACGGAGAUGGCUUCUACUGUUCAAGUAAGUUGGGCCCCGUUUAGACGUCGUGCUUCUGCCGUGCCGAAAUAAAUUCAGGAAUUGAGUUCGACAAAAGCACGGCGGAAGCACGGCGUCUGAAUCAAACUUUUGAAUUAAGUUCGGCAAGCAAUUAAGUUCGACAAGCGCUGCCGUGCUACACAGCUCUGGCACGGCAGCGAUUCAAACGUCGUGCUUAUGCCGCGCUAAGCCAAAUUCAUUAAUUAUAUUAAUGUAUUUUGGCGAGAUUGCGUUCCCACGGGGAGUUAAGAGGAGAAUUGUUACGAGGCAUCAGUAAAUCCUGAAUUUGGUUCGACUCUGGCACGACGUCUGAAUCAAAGUUGUUUUCCUGCUGUGCUACAGUCGAACCGAAUUACAAUUAAACUCGGCACGCCAGAAGCACGACGUCUGAACUGGGCCUUAGCUGUAAGCUCUUUACAUUGAUAAAAAUUCUCAGAGGUUUACGAGAAACAAUUAGACGACAAUUUGUAUUGUCUCCUUGAGUAAAGAUUCUUGGCUCUGUGUUUGACAAUAAAAUUUCCAAAGACGUUUCUUGGAAAAUGUGCGCAAUAGAUGCAAAAAC